GAAAAUGUUGUGGCAUUUAGUGUCCACUCGUGUCCCACAAUUGCAUUCAAUAGACAAUGUGUUGCGUCAAUGGGUUAGACACGAGCACAGGAUUAAGAUGUGCGGCUUCUUAGAGCCCCCGGAGUUCAAGAAGAGGGACAUCCGAUACAAGAUCACCAAUAAACACAAACCCAAACUCAUGUCGUGGCAGGACUACCAGUUGCGUAAAUGGAAGGCCGAUCACCACAACAGGCGGUUCCCCGCGUGGCAGGCGAGGAUGGACUACGCCGAGAGUCUGGUCCGGUUGGGGAUGUCGUGGCAGACCAUCUGCAAGAUCGUUGACUUACACCCGCAUUGUAUCAAAUAUAUUGAGCGCAAAGUCAGCGGCAAUAUAGAGCUGUUAAGGGAAGCCGAGUACUGUAAUUAUGUGAACUUCCACCCUGGAGUACAGAUGUGA